ACGCUCCAACACAUCAUUAACUGUCAAAAAUAAUCUGACAGUAAAUUACACUCAGUGCACCUCAAAACAAGCCACGUAAAAACCAAUUUCGUGAGAUAAUACAUUAUUUUCAACAAAUUUAAUAAGAAAACACAAAAUGGUUACCGACGUACAUUUGGCUAUUCUUUCAAAUGCACUUGGAGUGGUCCUCUUCUUGUUGGUUGUUUUGUUCCAUUAUAUUAAUGCGAAUUACUCGAGGCAGUGAUGUCUACAGUUACCUUUUUGGUUCAUUAUUGUAAAUGUAUUCGUUUUUAGAUGUUUUCUAACUAGUAUGCUAAGGAUAUACGGUUAACAUCGUUUGCAGAUGUUUUGUAACUAAUAUGUUAAUAAACAAUUUCAAAUAA